AUGCCGUCCUCGACACAAGAGUUGAGCACCGGGUGGAAGCUCAAGCAGACUGAUGACACUUCUGAAAAUGCAUGGCUCCCUGUAUCGAAGGUACCGACGGUGGUCCACCUUGAUCUGAUGGAGAACGGAAAAAUCGUCGACCCGUUCAUCAACAUGAACGAGCUCGCCGCACGCUGGAUGGCGGAGAAGUCAUGGACGUACAGCACGACCUUCCAGUCCCCAUCCGAGACUGGUAGUAAGAGCACGCGGACUGACCUAGUGUUCAAGGGCUUGGACACGUAUGCCACGGUCACAUUGAACGGCUCAAAUAUCCUCGAGGGGGACAAUAUGUUCCUCGAAUAUCGUGUGGACGUCACCGACCACCUUAAAACGGGCGAUAAUGAGCUUGAAAUCAUCUUUGCCUCUGCGCUACUUCGUGGUCGUGAACUCGUCAAAGAACAUGAGCAUGAGCAUAGAUUCAUUGCUCAUCAGACCGAGAUUGGUAGGAUGCCGGUUCGCAAGGCCCAGUGUCAUUGGGGCUGGGACUGGGGACCGAUUUUGACCACUUCUGGGCCUUGGAGACCCAUCUUUCUCGAGACAUAUAAUACCCGGGUGGAAGACGUCUGGUUCCAGGCGAAGGUGAGUGGAGACUUGAAAGUUGUAAGUGGCCAAUUACUGGCUCGUGUGGACGCCGGCAAGGCAGAGACGGCCACGGUCAAGUUCAGUCUGUCAUUAGACGGAACAAAUGUCUUCGAGUCUCAGGCCGACAUCGACAAAUCUGGCUUAUCCAAGACCAACUUCAAACUCGGGGACCCUGAACUUUGGUAUCCUCAUGGAUAUGGCAAGCAACCACGGUACGAACUGAAAGCCAGCUUGGUCGUCGAUGGGUCCGAGCAGUCUGCUCAGACAAAGCUCACGGGUUUCCGAAAGGUAGAGUUGAUUCAGGAGAAAGAUGAAAACGGCAAGUCAUUCUACUUCCGCAUCAACAACGUCGACGUCUUCGCAGGGGGCUCGUGCUGGAUUCCAGCGGAUAGCUUUAUUCCGAGGAUUGGCCGGGAUGGAUAUCGUAAAUGGAUGGAGUUGAUGGUUGAGGGAAAUCAGAUCAUGACUAGGAUAUGGGGAGGCGGAAUCUACGAGGAAGAUGACUUCUACGAUGCCUGCGAUGAGCUUGGGGUCCUUGUCUGGCAGGAUUUCGCUUUCGCCUGUGCCAGCUACCCAGCAUAUCCUUCGUUCCUCAAGCAGAUCGACGAGGAAGCUCGCUAUAAUGUACGGCGGCUACGGACCCGCCCGUCACUGGUUAUCUGGGCUGGCAACAAUGAGGACUACCAGAUUCAGGAGCGAUAUGAUCUGGAUUAUGACUAUGACGGGGACAAAGACCCACAGUCGUGGUUGAAAGGCACAUUCCCGGCUAGGUAUAUCUACGAGUACCAAUUGCCCAAUCUUGUUGAGGAGGAAGACCCCGGUGCCGUGUAUCACCCUAGCAGCCCUUGGGGAGACGGAAAGAAGACCUUUGAUCCAACGGUCGGUGAUAUUCACCAGUGGAACGUUUGGCAUGGCCUUAUGCGAAGAUACCAGGAGUUGUCAACCAUGGGCGGCCGCUUUGUGAGCGAGUUCGGCAUGGAAGCAUACCCGCACCUAUCGACGAUCAAGUCUGCGAUAACCGACCCGAAACAACAAUAUCCAGGCUCCAUGGUCAUGGACUAUCACAACCGAGCUAUUGACCAUGAACGUCGACUCCUGACUUAUGUUGCGGAAAACUUCAAGAUAAAAUACGAUUUGCCAUCAUUCACACAUCUGACACAAAUGACUCAAGCAGAUGUUAUGGACUAUGCGUAUCGUUCGUGGAGACGGGACUGGGGAAAACCUGGCUCGAGGAAGACCGGAGGCAUAUUGGUGUGGCAGCUCAAUGACUGUUGGCCUACGAUGUCCUGGGCGGUGGCUGAUUACUAUCUCGUGAAGAAGCCAGCAUUCUACGUCAUGAAGCGAAAUUUGGAACCCGUCGCGGUCGGAGUCUCCAGACCAUUCAUUGACUGGACUGCUGGUCACGUCGAUCCCACCAUUGCUACAAGGGACAGGAAGUAUGAUGUGUGGGUCGCCAGUUCCAGGACAGUAGCGGUCCAGGGUGAAGUGACAAUCCGGUUCUUGUCCAUCAAGACGGGGAAGGAGCUUGCCUCGACCAUCAAAAAGAGCAUUGAAAUCGCACCAAAUUCGACAACCGAUAUCAUUGAGCAAGGAGACGUCGAUGUGAGUGCUGACUAUGACCGGACUAAGCCUUUCGACGACGAGAAUUAUGAUCCAUACGUCAUCUCUGUAUCAUUGUCGGUCGAUGGGAAACCAGUCACAACAGGGACUGCUUGGCCCCAUCCUUACAAGUAUCUUGAUUUUGCCGAUCGCAAAGUGAAGGUUCAGGUGUCAAAGGGCGUGGUCACUAUCAGCACUGAGAAGCCUGUGCAUGGAUUCGUCUUUGAGGAGAAAAAGGAUUGGCUCAAGUUCUCGGACAACGGUUUUGAUGUCUUGCCAGGGGAGGACAAGGUUAUUCAUGUCACGGGGACAGAUUGGAAGGACGAUGAGCUACGAUGGACCUAUAUCGGCGCAGAGUCUGCCUCAAUUGGAAGCAACGAUGUCUAG